GUUGAUUUCGUGUAUUUGUAAUACUGGUAUUGAAGUGUGGGAAGAAGAUAAAUAAUACACAGGUGAAACAGAAUUCCUCAAAAUGUCAAAAGGGAUCUGCUCCUGGACGAUGGACAUUGAACCUUAUCCUGAUGAUGACCCUGAGCCAUAUCCAGAUGACAGUAUUGAAGAUGAAAUUGAAUCUUAUAGUGAUGAUAACCAAGAAACCUGUGAUACCCAGGCUAUAAAGUUUCAUGAGAUAAGAAAGAGGUUAUCAUCUUGUCCUGAUAAUUGUACUUGGAGACUCUCAAGGCAAGAGUUCCAGGAAAUUAGCAAGAAUAGACCAAAAAGUCAAAUGGAUCAUGCACAGUGGCUAUUGGAUUAUUUCUUUGAACAUGCAACAGAGGAGAAUGUUUGUCAUCUAAUAUGUGGAAAAGAAGUUUGUGAAAAGUGUUGGAGAGAAGUACAUAAAGUUUCCCCUUACAAGUACAACAAGUACCUAGGUGAAAGCCGACAAGGAGUUAGAGGAAAAAUUCAUGGAAAUAAAGGAUCAAUUAAGCCUUCCAUUGAACAUACUGAGAGCAUAGGAUGGUUCCAGAAUUUUGUGAGUGACAUAGGAGAACAUAUGCCACACCAAGAAAAAGUUACGCUACCUGCUGGAAUGAAGAAAACAGAUGUGUGGAAGCUAAUGACUUCUGACCUUGACAGUCAGUCUUUGGCAAAGUCAUCAUUUAUGAAGAUAUGGAAGAAUUCUUUUUCUAAUAUAACCAUUGUCAAGGAAAACCCAUUUUCAAAGUGCCACAUCUGCACAACUUUACAUUUUGAGUAUGAACAAUGUGGAAGAUAUGACAAAGAAGGCAAGAAGCUUAUAAUAGACAAGAAGAGAGAACACUGGGAAUAUGUUAGGAAACAGAAGGAGGCAUACUACAUGAGAAGAGAGGCGUCAUGUUUGUAUCCGAAGCGCUUCCUGACGAUAAUCAUUGACGGAAUGGACCAGAAGAAAACUAACAUUCCCAUUCUUUACACCAAAGCAAGAAAUUCGAAACAGAUUUCGAAUCUGCAGCAAGUAAGGACACACUUGCUGGGCGUAUUGGUCCACAGAGAUUCAGAAACUUCAGGAAUGAGAAAAGUUGGAUUUGGCCAUUUUGAUUUGAUGCAAUAUCCACAUGAUGCCAAUCUGAACUUGACUGUUCUGCUAGAAACAUUAUGUGAGUUCAAAGAUGCACUAGGAACAGAGCUUCACCUGCAAACAGACAGUGCUUCGGAUAACAAAAACAAGACGGUCUUGGGCUUCUUAGGAUUGCUAGUGCAUUUGGGCAUAUUUGAGGAGUGUUACCUGCACAUGCUCCCAGUUGGCCAUACACAUGAGGACAUAGACUCUAUGUUUUCAAAUUUUUCAAGCUCUUUAAAAGGCGACAUUAUGACCCUAGAUGACCUGCUUCAAGCUUUUCAAAAGCUAUCAUAUGUUGAGCGAGGAAAGAUGGUAAAAUUGGUUUGGGAUUUUAAGGGAUGGAUGGAAAAUAGCCUGAUCAACAGCCACGGUCUUGGGGAUCAAUUUGAAUUUCGGAUCCACACAGUUGACAAAGAAAGAAGGAUACCAAUUUUCCACUAUAGAAAGGGCGAGGGAGAACGGUGGAUGCCGGAUGCAGCUGAUGACACCACUUAUGAGGUUCAUCAGGAUAGGUGUGGAAUACUGAUAUUCAAGGACAUGGAUUUUCUACAAAGAGCCCCAGAGUGUGUUGCUCCAACGGACAAGAGCAUGUAUCUGGAUCGGAUUUUAAAAGAAACAUGCCCAAAACUACUGAAAUCUGGCCUGCUUACUUCCACAGAGCAGCAAUGGUGGGAGAAUUUUUCAUCGGAGGUCAUGACGUAUCUUAAGACUUCAAGAAAUGUGGAUUUCCCAUUGAUUCAUUUGAUUGAAAGUGUGAAAGAGAUACCAGAAACUCUGAUGUCCCAUCCAGUGGAGACGAGACUUCAAGAGCUCGAGGACAAGGCAAUGAAAAGAGCCCUGGUAUACACUGGUAACUAUUUACCUCCGAAAAAGAGGAAAGCGGCAGAGAAGAGCAAAAAGCAGAGAAAAUAAUAAAUUAAGCAAUUCCAAAGCACAACAUUCUUUAGUAUUUUUUAAAAUGCUUUCCGAUAGCAUUUACAUUAAUUAUGGAAUGAAAAAAAAAUCCAAAACUCUAAAUUGAUGCUUGCUGAUAGGUUUGGAAAAGAAAAUAUUUGCAUUUCCCUGUAACAUAAACAGGUGCUUAAUGUAGCAUUUGAUGUGUUGAUCUAUUUCUAAUAUGUUGCCAUUCUAUAUCAGUGCACAAACGCAUAAUAAUUAGUUUUGCAAAGUGACUAUUAGUUGAUGCUUGAAGAUAUGGACCUUAAACAGUUGUUAAUUUUUUGCAUUCGAGAGACAACAAAAUUGCAAUUAUCAAAUUUUAUGCUUUCAUUGAGCAACUAACGUACUGACAAACAAAAAAACCCAGCUAAUUCCUGCAUUGAAAAACUUAUCAUAAUCAAACGACACCCAAUACAUGGCCCCGGGGCCAUAAAACUUAGACGAGCUCACUUUUGAUCUCAAUCUCACUUUUCUACUAUGUGUUCCUUUUGUAAAAGUGAGACUGAGAUCAAAAGUGAGCUCAUCUAACUUUUAUGGUCCCAGGGCCUGGUUUGAACCACUGAAAAUACAUCCAAUACCUACAUUUAAUCACUAUAAAUUCUUCCAAUGCCUGCAUUGAGUGUCUCUUCAGUCUUCCAAUGCCUGCAUUGAGUGACUCUUCAGUCUUCCAAUGCCUGCAUUGAGCGUCUCUUCAGUCUUCCAAUGCCUGCAUUGAGUGACUCUUCUGUCUUCCAAUGCCUGCAUUGAGCGUCUCUUCAGUUUUUCCAAUGCCUGCAUUGAGCGACUCAUCAGUCUUCCAAUGCCUGCAUUG